GUUGAUUUGCAUACUAAUUACAUUCAAUACAAAAUUUUUUAAAUAUUGAAAGCGAAAGAAGCUUACGUAUCAUAAACGAAAGGAUAGCAAGGAUAAAGGCGAAAACUGAUAAAUAUUGUCCGUUUGUUGGAUCAUACAGGAGCAUACUACUUCAGAUCAAAGGCUUACAAAAUGGCAAACUUCAUCUUUGGUAUAACUGGACUAUUCGUUCUUAAUUUUCUAUCAGCUUCAAUCGAAGGAGCACAAAUACGUCUACCACCUGUUGGCAACAGGCUGAUUUUCGUAAAGAGAUCAACGGCCAAACUGGAGUGGUCGUUCAACGACAAUGUGACGAACGUGCGUUUUCGGUCUUGGUCGUUUACUAGCGGUGAGGGCUCGAAGAAGGCCGUACAACUAGCGAGAAUAAUUCAUGACGGUACCGUCGAGAACAGAAGCAACGCGCUCGACUUCAAAAUAGAAAAGCCAGCGACUUUAGUUUUGAAUAACGUCAGUCAAAUUCAAAAUGGAACGUACAAAUUUACACUCGUAACAUCUGAUGGAUGCGGUCAGUCUGAAGUUGUAGCUUCUAUUGCAGCGAAGCCAGCAGUGACUGUCAGCUGUUCCAGCCCGUUCGUUAUAAAAGAAGGUAGUCAUUUCACGUGUGUUUGUACGGAACAAGGUAGCAAUCCUCCAGCCACUGUGAUUUGGUAUAAGAACAACAAAAAUAUUAGUGAGGAAGGAAAGGAAAGACAAGCUUUGAGUUUUCAUAAUGUUAUGAGAAAGGACGCUGGAACGUACGAAUGUGUUGCCAAAAGUCGCUUCACUGACAGAAAAUCAAUCGAAAUAAUAGUUCAUUACAAGCCUAUCAUCACGGCGAUAACCAUCGCACCAAAGACAAUCGGGGUUGGUGGAACGGUAAACAUCACGUGCAAAUUUGAUGGUCUUCCUGAACCAAAUAUAAAAAUAGAAAAAAGUGGAAGCGAUAUUGUCUUCAGAAGCAAGAUGCAUACUAUUAAAGAUGUGAAAAAGGAUGAUGCUGGAACAUACGUUUGUGUUGCAGAGAAUUAUAUUGGAAGUGAUUCAAAAUCUGAUAAUUUGACUGUAACAGUGAAGCCAACGGUGACUGUCAGCUGUUCCAUCCUGGUCAUUGUAAAAGAAGGUGAUCGUUUCACGUGUGUUUGUACGGAACAAGGUAGCAAUCCUCCAGCUACUGUGGCUUGGUAUAAAGAUGGCAAACUGAUAAGUGACAAACGGAAGGAAAGACAAACAUUAAGUUUCAGUAAUAUUGAAAAAAAGAACAGUGGAAUGUACAGAUGUGAAGCCAAAAACACCGUCAGUAAUGAUGAAAAAUCGAUCGAAAUAAUGGUUCAUUACAAGCCUAUCAUCACAGCUAUAAACAUCGUACCAAAGACAGUUGGGAUUGGUGGAACGGUAAACAUCACGUGCAAAUUUGAUGGUCUUCCUGAACCAGAUAUAAAGAUAGAAAAAAGUGGUAGCGAUAUUGUCUUCACAAGCAAGAUGCAUACUAUUAAAGAUGUGAAAAAGGAUGAUGCUGGAACAUACGUUUGUGUUGCAAAUAAUUCUAUUGGAAGUGAUUCAAAAUCUGCUACUUUGAUUGUAACAGUGAAGCCAACGGUGACUGUCAGCUGUUCCAGCCCGGUCAUUGUAAAAGAAGGUGAUCAUUUCACGUGUGUUUGUACGGAACAAGGUAGCAAUCCUCCAGCCACUGUGGCUUGGUAUAAAGAUGGCAAACAGAUAAGUGACCAACGGGAGGAAAGACAAACAUUGAGUAUCAGUAAUAUUGAGAAAAAGGACAGUGGAAUGUACAGAUGUGAAGCCAAAAACACCGUCAGUAAUGAUAAAAAAUCGAUCGAAAUAAUAGUUCAUUACAAGCCUACCAUCACAGCGAUAACCAUCGCACCAAAGACAGUUAAAGUUGGCGUAAUGGUAAACAUCACGUGCGAAUUUGAUGGUCUUCCUGAACCAGAUAUAAAAAUAGAAAAAAGUGGCAGCAAUAGCAGCAUCGCAGACAGCAAGAUGCAUACUAUUCAAAAUGUGAAAAAGAAUGAUACUGGAGAAUACGUUUGUGUUGCAAAGAAUUCUAUUGGAAGUGAUUCAAAAUCUGCUACUUUGACUGUAACAGUUCUGCUAACCACAACCACACAGCCAACCACUGGACCCACAAGCACUAAUAGUACAUUAAAAGCAUCAGCAUGUGCUCUGAAAACGGAAUGGAAAAUCGCUUUGUUGUCAUUGGUAACAGCGGGAUUAUUCCAACUAUACAAGCCUAUCAUCACAGCGAUAACCAUCGCACCAAAGACAGCUAAAGUUGGUGAAACGGUAAACAUCACGUGCAAAUUUGAUGGUCUUCCUGAACCAAAUAUAAAAAUAGAAAAAAGUGGUAGCGAUACUGUCUUCACAAGCAAGAUGCACACUAUUAAAGAUGUGGAAAGUGAUGAUGCUGGAACAUACGUUUGUGUUGCAACGAAUUCUAUUGGAAGUGAUUCAAAAUCUGCUACUUUGAUGGUAACAGCGCCAACCACAACCCCAACUACAGCAUCAGCAUAUCGUCCAAGAACAGAAUGGAACAUCGCUUUGCUGUCAUUGGUGGCAGUGGGAUUAUUCUCGUACUCUUAAUUGUAUCUUCUAUAACUGCAUGUAAUAUACCGCAGUGUACUGUAAUAUAUCUCAGUGUACCGUGUUCGUUAUAUAUAGCGGUGUGUCUAUAAUAAUUUGUUUUGAAAAAGAGAUAUAGGUAAUAGGUACAAAAUAUAUAAUAUGCAUGAAACCUUGAAAGUUCUCUA